UGCAUCCGAGCUCCAGCGAGGGUAUUCUUGUCCGAUCUCCAGAAGCAGUUCGCUUCCGGAGAGGCCUCCGAGCAAUGCCUCAGUACCUUCCAUUUCCGGAUCCAAGACAUCUUUUUGGACCAGUACAAAGGCUACUGCGGGAGGAAGAAAUUGACAAUGAUGGUGAUCCCUAGCAUUUUUAUCCCAGAAGACUGGUCCUUUACUUUUUAUGAAGGUCUGAAUAGACAUCCUGACUCUAUCUUCAAGGAAAAGACUGUUGCGGAGCUUGGUUGUGGAAAUGGAUGGAUUUCUAUUGCCAUUGCUGAGAAAUGGUCACCUUUAAAGGCGUAUGGCCUUGAUAUCAAUCCAAGAGCAGUAAAGAUUUCGUGGAUAAACUUGUAUCUAAAUGCUUUGGAUGAUAAUGGUCAACCUAUCUAUGAUGGUGAAAAUAAAACUCUACUGGACAGGGUGGAGUUUCAUGAAUCUGAUCUGUUAGCUUACUAUAGAGAUCGUGGUAUAGCACUUGAAAGGAUUGUUGGAUGCAUACCACAGAUUCUCAACCCAAAUCCUGAUGCAAUGUCUAAGAUGAUUACAGAAAAUGCCAGCGAGGAAUUUCUAUAUUCACUGAGUAAUUAUUGUGCACUUCAGGGUUUUGUCGAGGAUCAGUUUGGAUUGGGUCUAAUUGCUAGAGCAGUUGAGGAAGGAAUAGCUGUCAUCAAACCAAUGGGCAUUAUGAUCUUCAAUAUGGGAGGUCGACCAGGACAAGGUGUUUGUAAACGCUUGUUUGAGCGCCGUGGUUUCCGUGUUACUAGGCUUUGGCAGACCAAAGUUAUUCAGGCUGCUGAUACAGAUAUUUCUGCUUUAGUCGAAAUCGAGAAGAAUAGUCCUCACCGCUUUGAGUUCUUCAUGGGACUUGCUGGAGAUCAGCCCAUUUGUGCUCGAACAGCAUGGGCCUAUGGGAAGGCCGGUGGGCGCAUUUCUCAUGCUUUAUCAGUUUACAGCUGUCAACUUCGUCAACCAAAUCAGGUGAAAACAAUUUUUGAGUUUCUCAAAAAUGGCUUCCAUGAGAUCAGCAGUUCCUUAGAUUUAUUCUUUGAAGAUGAUUUUGUUGCUGAUGAAAAGAUUCCAUUCCUAGCUUAUCUUGCCAGUGUUUUGAAAGGGAAUUCAUUCUUCCCAUAUGAGCCACCAGCUGGUAGCAAACGGUUUCGUAAUCUCAUUGCAGGCUUUAUGAGAACAUAUCACCAUGUUCCAGUCAAUGCUGAUAAUGUUGUCAUAUUUCCUUCAAGGGCUGUGGUAAUUGAGAAGGCUCUUCGAUUAUUCUCACCCCGUCUUGCAAUUGUUGAUGAAAAUCUGACUCGACAUCUUCCAAGACAGUGGUUAACAUCCUUGAAAAUUGAGAGUGCGGAAACAGAUAAUCCUUCAGAGGAUGUACUCACAGUGAUUGAAGCCCCACGCCAGUUAGAUUUAAUGAUAGAGCUCAUCAAAAAGUUGAAGCCACAGGUGGUGGUUACUGGGAUUGCUCAUUUUGAGGCUGUCACUAGCUCAGCUUUUGAGCACCUUUUAAAUAUUACUGGAAAAAUUGGAUCUCGCCUUUUCUUAGACAUAUCUGAUCACUUUGAGUUAUCCAGCCUUCCAAGUUCCAACGGAGUCUUAAAAUAUCUGUCAGGAACUCCUCUGCCCUCCCAUGCAGCAGUUAUAUGUGGCCGUAAAAAUCAGGUUUAUUCAGAUCUAGAAGUAGCUUUUGUCAUUUCAGAAGAGGAGGCCAUCUUUAAGGCACUGUCCAAAACCGUGAAAUUACUGGAAGGGAAUACUGCACUCAUUAGUCAGUAUUAUUAUGGUUGCCUUUUCCAUGAGCUUCUGGCUUUUCAGCUUGCUGAUCGACAUCCACCUGCAGAGAGGGUAUGUGAAAAUGAAAAACCUGCUGAGAUGAUUGGCUUUGCUAGUUCUGCCCUUUCUGUCCUUGAUAAUGCUGAAGUGUCAAUUACCGAGACAGAAAACUCAUCAGUGAUCCACAUGGACGUAGAUAAAAGCUUCUUGCCAUUUCCAUCUUCAGUCAAGGCUUCUAUCUUCGAGAGUUUUUCAAGACAGAACAUGGCUGAGUCAGAAACUGAUAUCACCACCAGCAUCAGACAAUUUAUUAAGAGCAACUACGGGUUCCCAACAAGUAGUGGAACAGAAUUUAUAUAUGCGGACUGCUCACUAGCUUUCAAUAAGCUGGUUCUUUGCUGCAUCCAAGAAGGUGGUACCUUGUGCUUCCCAGCUGGCUCAAAUGGGAGGUCCUAUUAAUAUUUCGUAUUGUAUUCAGGAUGACAGAGUGCUUGAUGCUCCUGGUGAUGCAUCGACAGAAUGGUUAUACCAAGACAGUUGGAAGUGGGUUUCUUCCGGUUAAAAGGAAGAGUGAGGCAAUGAGCAGCAGUAUCUAUACUGCUAAUAAACCUCUAGUUCGAAAGACACCAGCCAACGAAGCACAGAGUAUAAAUUUCCAAGUGGCAAAGCUCGCCUUGAGGGUUUAUAUGCAAUAAACUCAUCAUACUUGAUUCUAAGAAGAAAGUUGAAAGCACCUGAGGCUGCACUCCUAGUUACACUAUCAGUCUUCUGCUUCAAAUAUCAUAG